AUGGAUAUGGGCGCCAACUCGCUGCCGUCGCCGUCGUGCCCCGACGGCAGGAAGCGGCGCGUGUGCUACUACUACGACCCGGGCAUCUGCAACGUCGACUACGGCGAGCGACACUUCAUGGUGCCCCGCCGCGUCGCGAUGGCCCACUCCCUCGUCGCCUCCUACGGCCUCCUCAACCACAUGACUCGCCUCCGCACCAGGCCCGCCAGGCCGGAGGAGCUCCUCGCGUUCCACGACCAGAAAUACGUCGACCUCCUCGGCAGGCUCACCCCCGCCGCGUACAUCAGCGACGGCGAUCUCCGGCGGACGGCCGAGGAGCAUGGCAUCGGCCCAGUGCGCCGCCUGGUCGACGGCGCCUGCACGAACGACAACCCCGUCAUCGACGGCCUCAUGGGGUACUGCCUGAGCUACGCCGGCGGGUCGCUGGCCGCGGCGCGCGCGCUCUGCGGGGGCGACCACGACGUCGCCAUCAACUGGUCCGGCGGCAUGCACCACGCGUGCCGGGGCCACGCCAACGGCUUCUGCUACGUCAACGACAUCGUGCUGGCCAUCAAGCAGCUGCUCGGCCGCUUCCGGCGGGUGCUGUACGUGGACAUCGACGCGCACCACGGGGACGGCGUGGAGAAGGCCUUCGCGGGCUCCAACCAGGUGAUGACGCUGUCCUUCCACCAGUACCAAACCGAUUUCUUCCCCGGCACCGGGAGCAUCGACGACGUCGGCGAGGGGGCCGGCAGGUACCACGCCCUCAACGUGCCGCUCAAGGCGGGCAUGGACGACCAGGGGUACCAUGAGCUGUUCAAGCCGAUCGUCGGCAAGGCCAUGCAGGUGUUCCAGCCGGACGCCGUGGUGCUGCAGUGCGGCGCCGACUCGCUCUCCGGCGACCGGCUCGCUGGCCUCGAGCUGUCGGUGGGCGGCCACGCCGAGUGCGUCAGGUACCUGCGGGGAUUCAACGCGCCGCUGCUCCUCCUCGGCGGCGGCGGCUACACCAUCAACCACGUCGCCUCCUGCUGGUGCUACGAGACGGCGGUGGCCGUGGGCAAGGAAGACGAGAUCGCCGACGAGAUACCACACCAUCCGUACGAUCACUACUACAGGAGCCAGGGUUACAAGCUCCAGUAUCGCACGGAGGCGGCCGGCAGCCGCAGCAGCGGGGAGAAUAAGGACGCGGCCGCCAUUAGGGUGAAAGCCCUGGAGCACCUCUCGGCGAUCAACUGCGCGCCGAGCAUACAGUUCCACGAGCCAUGCGGCGCGGCGGCCCAAGGCAUGGACGUCGACGAGCUCUGCCACCACGACGACGAUGAAGAAGAAGACCCCAUGGUGAGGCUGCACCGGCUUUGCGACAACGUGGACCUCGCCAGGUUUUUUGUUGAAUUGGGCCGGAAGAGACUGUCGUCGCAAAAAUGCUAG